AUGGCCGACCCAGACCAGUCCCACAUCCUCCAGAUGAAGCCGCUGCCCACCGCAGAGCCGCCCAAGCGAGUCCGCCAGAGAACCUUAAGAGCUUGUGACCGCUGCAGAAAGAUGAAGGUCAAAUGUAUGAUCAGCGCAGACGAACCUCCCUGCGACGCUUGCAAACUGGCCUCAAGGGACUGCAAAUUCGAACAUGUUGGUGUCAAGCGGGAACGGCCUCCGUCUCUUCGGGAAGUCGAACAGCAAAAACGGCAAAUUGCUCAGCUCGAAGCCGUCUUGAUCAGGCUGAAGCCGCAGAUCGAUCUGAGCUCCCUGCCGAGAACGAACGACCAGGCCAAAACGAUGGCCAACGCUCUCCAGCACGCCACGUCUAGCGAAGCUCUUCGGCUGAACCAUCCCACAUCUCUUGGCCCUGGCCACGACACCGAUAGCCAGCAUUAUAAUAACCAUGAGGAAAUCGAAGAGGAUAGUGAAGAAGAAGACGAGGACGACGACGAAGAAGACGAGGAAGAGGACUUCCAGAACAUGCUGCAAUCCUUGGGCGAAUGCCAGCUGGGCUCGUGUCAGCUCCUGGACCAAUCCAAGGACCCAUCGAGCAGCCAUGAGCACGACAGAGCCCACCCGUUCGAGGCGCCCGACCCCGCCGACCAGGAUCCGGACGACCAGAAUGCGACGUUCAUCCGGCAGUUCUGCCAGAACUAUUACCGCGGGAUGUCGGACGAGACCUGGCCGGCGGAGGACCUGGCGGAGAAGCUGAUCGCGACCUACUUCGAGACCGUCCAUCCGUACCCCCCGAUCAUCCACGAGCACCAGUUCAGGAAGGAUUACCAUGCCGGAAUGGCCGAGCGGGAUAGCGGGUUCAAGUCGCUCUGCUACGCCGUCUUUGCCGCCGCUUCGCCUCACGCGGACGAUCCGCGAGUCCUCUAUGCUGCCCAUUCCGACGACCCUCAUCCCCGCCAAUCGGCCGGCGCCCUCUUUGCUUACGCCAGUCUUGCCGGUGACACCAAUUACCCGCUGUUCGAUCUCUUCGGCUUGCAAUCUGCCGCUAUCAUGUCGUACUACAUGAUGACCAUGUCUAAUCCUCGGCACACAUUCGCCCUCGUUGUUGAAUUCCUCAGAAGGGCCGUCUCUUCGGGGGUCCAUCUUGAAGAAUCGCCGCGUUGGAACACCUCGUUCCUGACCAACCAGCUGCGCAAACGCGCGUUUUUCACACUGAUCACGGUCGAGAAAAGCACCACUUCUACCCUCGGCUAUCUCAACGUACCCCAGACCUUACCGAAUCUGGUCUCUCCCCCCUUUUUCAUAGAGGAUGCGACGAUGAGUCUGUUAGAUGAACAAGAUAGGAUGCAGCCCACACCGCAAGCACGCAAGCAAUUUAUGGACGAGCUGUACUCGAAGCCUCGGACACCCGGUGAGGCCGCCAUGUAUUCUCUCUGGUCUGCCCGAAACAAACUGGAAUCGAAAAGUCGAAAUAUGAUCCUCAAUCAAUUGAAGGCCCAAUCCCCUCCAUCGUCAUCCUCUAAGGCCGACGACGGCCCCGGCUCCAACACCAAGAAUAAUCGGCACCUGUUUAUCCUUAACUUCGGGACGGUUUUGGGGGACUUCAUCGAGGAUGAGAUGGAUCCGAUGGGCCGAUGGAACCCGUCGCUGACCUCGAAACGGGACUUGUUUGCCACGUCCUACUGUGCUUGCUUCCUGCGCAGCAUCUUGAUCCGAGUCCAUCUUGAGGCCAUUUCUGGAUAUCCGCAACUCGCACACCGUUGCUUCCGGGCCGCUUCUUCCAUCUUGGAUACCCUCGAUGAUAUGAAACUGCUGGGCCAUUUGAGCCUUCUCGGAGGGAACAUCCCAUAUUUUCUUGCCCCAGUUGGACUGUUCUUGCUUUGGGUUAUCAGCCAAGAUAAGAGCCCGGUUAUCACCGCGGAUUUCAAAGCUAAUGCCUGGGUCAAGAUCAGCAAAUGUGUCGAGAUCCUCAACCUUUCCGCCCCAGUAUCGUUUGUCUCGGAAAAACUCUCGCUAAAGUUUACGGCAUACAUGGACCAUCUGAAAGAGGAGAUUCGCAACCCUGGCAUGGAUACGAGCAUUUCGGCAGAUACGUCCAAGAAACGCCCGUUGAGCGAGAUCAUGGCUAAGAAAGUCGAGGAACCAACGAUUUGCAACUUGCUGUACUCCCAACACGCCUCCCCAGUCAACCCAGACUCCUAUCUCGACCCCGUUCAACCCCCUCCCCCAGCCUACAUCAACUUUGAUUUCUCGGGGCUGAUAAACACUGCCGCAACUCCACAGCCUUCGGGCUGGAACCUGGACGCAACCCGGCCUGCGGCUCCCGCCGGCAAUCUCAAUCCAGCCAUCCAACCCCAUGCGCCCGAGCCGGCUUCCAAUUAUUCCCAUCUCCAUUUACAAAACCUCCUCUUUCGGUCGCAAAAUCUGCCCCAACAGCCGCUUGAUUCCAGCCAUCUCAUGAUCCCGCCAUCGCCCGAAAACGCAUCGGCCAACCGCCCGCGCCCGGUCAACUCGGACGGACCAAGUCAUCCUUCCCCCAUGCUUGGACGGUUCGAUCCCCCUGACCCCCGAUCCUCGUUCCUGUCCUCCACACCUAGUGCCCCGCAUUCCAUCGUAGCCACAGAUCCAGAAAUGUAUACCGGAGCUAACGGGGGAAUCCCGCCUCAGAGCAGCGGCACGCAGUAUAUGAAACCGGCGGCACACGACAGCUUCGAUCCGAACUUCUGUUCCGUCGGCAAUCCCAGCACCCAAAACGUGGAGACCAGCUUCCCAUCCGGCUCCGAUUUCGCUCCCACGGGUUUCGCUGGAUCGGAGCCGAUCUUCAACGUGCAUCAACGGAUUCUAGCAGCAAACCAUCCUGCCAAUUACUACGGACACCCGGCACGGCCGGCCGGUCCGAGCCACCCUGGAUACAAUGCAGUGCAGCCGGCCGGUCCGAGUGGGUACGCCUAUCACCCGUCUGCACGGCCUCCCCCCGGCCCCACGGCCUUCACCCAGCCAUACCCCGACGGCCGGCCUUGUGCAGAUUUCCCGGCGCCCGCCGGCUCGUUUCCGGCCUUCUCUCCCUCCAGCAGCCCCGCUACGCCGCGCCCCUUCCACCCCUCCUCGUCGACCGACCCGAGCCAGUGUAACCGCCCUGUCCAGGGGACCAUCGGCAACAGCUUCCAUGGCUCCGCCCCCGCCCAGCCUCUUCCUUCUACCCUCGCAACAUCUCAGAAUGGAUCUUUCGACACAUCCGGCCAGUUCCGUGGCCCUGCUCAGCACGAUGACCAGCAGAUCUUCUCCGCUAUCUGCGACACUUGGCUGUUUUGA